UGAGAGUCAAUCAGGAAGACUUUAAUUCCUAUUCUACCCCUUAUGAUUACGCUGUUUACAUUUAUAAGGCGCUCAGCAGCGAAAUCGAGUUUAGUCUGUACUGAAAAUUCGAGAGUGCACGGGACGAGUGGAAACCCUAUCAUGUUACGGCUUCAACUAGUUGUCUUGAUGAUCCUCGUGGCGACGUUUGUGACAACAGCACCAGUCCCCGGGGAUUCCCACCAUGUUCACGUAAAAAUUCACGUACCGAAGCAUUUUCACACGCACACGCAUACGAUUGUGAAAAAAGUCUUCGUCCCAGUGAAAAAAGAAAUAGAGUACAAGCCCAUUCACACCGAAGAGCAUAAAUAUGACGAGGAGAGCGAUCAUGGUGGGUCAUGGUGAGGAACAAGAACAGGAACAAGAGAUCCAUUACCUCCGUUGAUAGCUUCAUAAAAAUAGUUACUGUUUUACGAAAAUUGUUAUAAAUGUCAACCACCUGUUGACUCGUUCACACAUCAAUAAAUAUUUUACGUGUACGAAGAAAA